UAAUAUUUUCAGAAAGGUGUGAAUUUCCUCCAGAAUAAACGAUUAAUCUAAACUGGCAGUUGUGUCUCACCAUGAAUAAACUGUUACAUACCAGAUGGAAGAUGUUCUGUGACAUAGCAUUUGCUGCUCAUAGAAGCAAGUGUAUUUUGACAAAUGUACCAAUGAUGUCAGCAUCUAAUACAAUGAAGAAUCCUCUUGUGAAGAAACACCUUUGUAAUUUUAACAGGAAAAGCAUGUUUAUACUUUCAAAUGACACUGGCUUUGGAAACGUGUGUUCUCAGUUGGUUGCAGCUACAUGCUUCAAGCAUACUAUAGACUACUCUUUAGUGCCAAUUAUAAGAGAGGAAGAUCUUCAAGAAGACUUUGUACGAGGUAGUGGCCCUGGUGGCCAAGCUGUUAAUAAAACAGCCAAUUGUGUAGUUCUAAUACAUAUCCCAACAGGUAGGUUUAAAGGGAUAUGUGUUAAAUGCCAUCAUUCAAGAUUGCUUCAUCAAAAUCGACAACUUGCUAGGAAGAUUUUACAACAGAGACUUGAUGAAUAUUAUAAUGGUGAUAUGAGUUUAUCUUCUCAGCAGAAACGAAUUGAAGAGAGAAAAUAUAAGGUGAAGAAGCAAAAAGCUAAAAAAUUACAAGAAUUGAAGAAACAGUUCAAAGAACGAGAAGGACUGGAUUGAAUUUUCAUUUCUAUAAUCCUUUUAAUUAAAUAUCUAGUUUAUGAACUUUUUUUUCCUCUCUCUCUCUCUCCAGAAAAUCCUUGUACAUGUGAAUUAAAUUUAUUUGAAUCAUGUGGAAUGUUGUGGUGUACAAGUAUUUAGACCAAGUUACCAAAAGAGAAUUCCUAGAAAAUAUAAGUACUUUUUUAGCUUUGACUGUUUAAAGCGAUGAGAGUAAAUGUGAAAAUUAGUGUACUGUAUAGUUGUAUGUUUCUUUACAUUGUGAGGAUAGAGCAUUUUAAUAAAAUACAUAAAUAUACUAGUAUAAAUACCAAUAACCAUUAAAAUAAAAAUAUUUGGGAAUUGAACAUUAUUGAUCUCUCAUUGUCCUCUGUGAGGUAAAUUAACACAUUUUAAGGAACAAGCUGUGAAAUUUGAAAAAUUUAGAAGUUUUAUAGAAAUAUUCAUGCAAGUCAAAAAUGCAUGGAAAAUUACUGUAACUUACAUGUAGAUAUAAAAGAACACUGCUUUAAAAUAGGGAAAUAACUAGUUAAUUCUAGAAAGUUAAGAGUAAAAGUAAAGAAUUUAAAAAAUUGUCAAAAUUUGUUUUAUGUAGAAUUUUGGAAUAAAGGUGAAAUAUAACUAUAAAAUUAAAAGGUAUCACUUUUAUUAUUACAGAUCAAAUUAUAGGUUUAAUAUCCAUCACUGAAACUUAAAGAAUAAAUUGUUGUCAUCAAAAGUAAAAACUAUUUUCUUCCUCAAUUUGGUGCCUGUAGAGGACAUAAGCUUGUUGAAAUUUGUACUCUUAUAAUAAAGUUUCUUUCACUACCUA